GUUACAAUUUUACACUUCAAAGUCACACAUCCGGUUUAUAUUUUGGACUUGUUUUGGAAAAUAUAAAUAUUGAAAUGUUGUAAAGAAGCAUAAUUUAGCUAGUUUGUCGCUUUAGAUAUUAUCUGCUGACUAUACUUUCUAUCACAUGACAUGCUUUGCUACAUCCUAUAACAGUGAUCACCAUCAACAGCCAUGUUCGGGGCAGACAUUGCUUACAUGGAAGGUUGUAUGGAAGAUGAGUCUUUCACUGACUCAUACUUACCUGAAUAUCUUUACCCUGCAUUCAGAUUACCUAAUCCAUGGCACAGGCAACCUGACAUAACACAGCUAGAUACUGAUAUCAUUGUCAUAGCUGAAUUCUCAGAAUUAGAGGGACCAAAACCAGUGAUAACCAUUCCAAAUGACAGAGAAAUACAUUUUGACAUUAAUGAUUUUACAGUGAGGAUUAUGUCAGUAGAUCUUGGGUCAUCUGGACAACAAGGUUUUAACAUGCCAGAAGAUUCACAGGUCAUGAUGUCAGAUGCAAAAGAGAAUGUGUAUGCAUUUGUGCAUCACUUUUUCCUGUUAGACAAACAAGCUAGGGGUUAUUCUAGACCAUUUGCUAUCAGCUAUGUCACUCCAGAUCAAAGAAAAUUAUUGAACUUUUAUGAGGAAUUAAGCUGCAAUUUUAAAAAGAUUGCUAGAUAUCUGAAGUAUGGUAACAAAUUGGUUUUCAAGAAUGACCUGGAUAAAUUUAUGAUGGAUUUACAAUAUACAAAAGACCAGAUGGUCAACAGAUACAGAACUACAAUACAGCCAGGACAGACUGACCAGGAUAACAAGCUAUUACAGUCUCUUAAAAUACUGGAAUCACAGAUCUCAGAAGUACAGGGAGUCCUGAGUCAACUUAAUCCUACUUUGAAUGAUAAAAGAUUGGAACAGAGAUUUUCAAAAAUAGAAGAAAGAGCUCAAGCUAAUAAAGGAAAACCGAAGCAUGAUAACUUAAGUCUCUGUGACUGGGAAAGUAUUGAAACACCAGAAAACCAAAUACAGUUUCUCUCCCUUGGUAGUGCAGCAGACACAGAUAACUUGUUGUUCUUUGAAACCAAUCAUUACAAGCCUAAAUUAGUAGAAAUCUCCAAAGGCAGGAAAUUUGAUUUACAUUUAAGAGGACUACAUGAAUUAUGUUCAUGGGGUGCCAAAGAAGGACUUCAGAAAUUGAGACACAUAUACCAGUAUUUCAAACAGGACAUUGCAGUUCUUCAGAUGGAGAAAAGAGACCUGUCUUUAUUGGAUCCACCAGCUGGUUUGGUGACCUUUGGGAACAAGUUCAUAGGUUCUAAUUUCAUGACAAACAUUGACAAAAUCUGUAUCAGUACAUGUUGUUUUAUGAGAGUACCUGGGACCAGAACUAAUGUGGAAACUUGGAACAUGUUGGGACACAGCUGGUCAUCAACAGACACUUUGUCCAGUUUCAAGUCAGUACCAAGUUCUUUCCAAUCAGUAGUUAAUGACGAUUCAGACUCCGAUUCCAUGUUAUCAGCUACAAGUGAUCUAGGAUUUUAUUUGCAGAGGACCAAUAGUUUAGGAUCAUUCCAGUUAGUAGGGUCAUUUGAUAGUUUCAAAAAUUCCAUGACACCUCCAAAGGAUGGCUUCCUUCCAGAUAGUAAUAGAUCCUCAUUACAGGAUGAACAUCCUGCUUCAGAGGAUACUUUAGAGAAGACUUUAUCCAAUGAAAUUCAAGGAUUAGAAAAGACUUUAUCCAAUGAAAUUCAAGGAUCAGAAACAACUUUAUCCAAUGAAAUUCAAGGAUCAGAAAAGACUCUAUCAAAUGAAAUUCAAGGAUCAAAAAAGACUUUAUCCAAUGAAAUUCAAGGAUUAGAAAAGACUUUAUCCAAUGAAAUUCAAGGAACAGAAAAUAACAAUACAACUCAGGAAACACAAGGUGAUAUGGGUAAAGAUGACCUUGAAGAAACACUGUGUCAAAAUAAAGAAGAUUCUAUUAAGAAUAUUGGAAAUAAUGAUAGAAAUGAAAGUUUAAAAAACAGGACCACUGGUUCUUUGAAUGAAAUUGAUAAUCACAGAGAUUCUAUAAAUGUCGUUGAGGUCGAUUUUAUAGACAGGGAAAGACCAACACCUGAUUCUUUGCAAGAGAUUGAUAAUCAUGAAGCAUCUAUAAAUGUUGUUGAUAAUGAUUUUGAACACAGGGAAAGGUCAACAACAAUUGUAAAUGAAGCCAAUCACGAUAAUGAUACUUCGGAUGAAAUUCAACGAAGUGGGGAAAGUAAUUGCUCAAGUGAUUAUAGCAUGGCUGUGUCAAGAGAUAGGUUAAAAACAUUAACUAAUGUGGAUGUUGAUUUUUCAAAGGAUAUGGAAAAAGACAUUAAGAUAGAAAGAGAUAUAACUUUUAUUGAUGAAGAAAAUGAAACUGCAAGUGAUUUAGAUAAUUUAUCAGAAAAUAUUAGCAAAAAUAAAUCAGUAAAUAAUAUGGAUACUGAAUCUAUGAACAAUUUAUAUAUUGCAUCUGUAAAUAGUGGAAUGGAUGAAUCAACAAAAAAUAAAAAUGGUGAAUUUACUAAUAAUAGAAUUGAUCAAUCAACAAGAAGUGAAUUAGCUGAAUCAGCAGAAAUUGCAAAUGCUCAAUUUGCAAUUGUUGGAAAUAAAGAUGAGAAGAAAGUCAUUGGCAAAACAUUUCCAGAUACAAAUGCUAUUGAAAAUUUAGGUCAAAUGAUAACAAAAGGUCAUUUAGACUGUGAUAAUUGUCCCCAUGGUGAUAUAGAUAGUAGUUCUGGAGUGUCAUCUUGUAGUGGAUGUCCACCCAAAGUAUCACAGUCUUUACAAUCAGAAGAUGAAAUUAGUAUACAGCAACAGGAGAAUAUUAGCAGAAGAGGAUCCAAGACAGAAAUGGAGCAGUGCUGUAAAACAGAUCUAUUUAGAUUUAGCAGUCAAAUUGAAACAUUAUCUUCAGGGUUUGGAAUCACUAAAGUACUACAGACCUAUAACCAUAUCCAGAAUGUAAUAUAUAGUAUGUUAACGGGGAGGACUGUUGUAAUAAUUGGUUCAUCACACUACGAGGAGGAAGUAAAAAAUCUGGUGACUGCACUGAAACUAUUUCUACCUGGUUGUCACAGAUGUCAGACUAGUUGUAUCCAGUGGUCUUCGAAAGCAAUAGCAGUAACAGACCUGAUAGAAAUAAAACUGAUUGGUAUUUGUAGACAGGAAAAGAGAUCGGUAGACAGAAUGGUUCCUAAAGCAGUUCAGAAAUACAUUACACUAUUGGAUGUAGAAAGAAGAGUAAUAAUUUCACCUGUUUAUCAGGGAAGUUUGAUCACAACAAUUUUAUCAAGAAAAAAGUCAUUUAAGACAGAAGAAGGUUAUAUCCAGUUUAUAAAAGUAUCACUUUGUGAAUUUUCAUCAAAAGCAUUUAUAUUUUUCCAUUCCUUCUGUCUUGGUACAGUUGGUACACUAACAAGCAAAAGAGGGAGUAUUAUAAGGGAAAGUGAUUCUGUGAAGAAGACUGCAACAGCUUUUCUUAGUAAACUAGGAAUACAAGACUGCGAUAUUGAUAUUAUGGAGUAUCUUACAGAACUGGUGAAGUAUCAGCACAUUGAAGAUCACUACAAAAGUUUAAACACAACAGGGAUACCACCAAGACCUUUUACCAGAAAUAUUCAUCCAUGCCAGCUACACAGAUUAUAAUUAUAAAUUUCUGUUAAAUUUAAAAGAUGGACGUUGGUAUUCAUGUCAUGAAAGACUGUUAAUUUUGAUUAUUAUUGGGAACAACCAAGAUAUAAGUGCCAAAGUGACAUCAUGACUGUGAUAAACUAUUAAUAGACAUGGCUAUUUAGUUAGCUUUUGUGUUGAUUUGGUAGAUGUGCCAGUGUUAGAGAUUUACUCUGGUUUCCUACUGGUAUAUCACCAAGGUUUGGGACUAAUUUUGAAAAUCAGUGUUGAACAGUUAUUUCUGAAAGAGUUAUGUCCCCUGGAAAUAUUGAUUAUAUGGAAAAUUGCAUUCUUAGAGGCUAGAGCUCUCACAUGUCAAUUCUUGUCAGAUUUUUAUAAAACUUAUUUCAUAGGUUUUUAUCAUCAAUGUCUUCAACACUUUUUUUUUAAAUAAGUGCUGAUCAAAUGAUCAUACAAAAUACGCCCCUAAGAAAUAUUAAAUAUAACAGAAAUCACAUUGCGUUUGCACUGAAGCCUUAAUCUCUAACAUAUUUAUAAAAAGUUUUAAAGAACAAAACAACAUUUUUUUUUAAUUAAAUUUUUGCCCUUGUACCUUGGAUUGAAAAAAUGAAUGUAAUAGGGGGGACAUUGCAACUCUGGUCUUUUUUCUUUUUGAAAAUAAGAUCAUUAUUUUCUAUGAUUUUAUCAGAUGGAUGCAUUUGCUUGCAUGAUCAUUAUAUUCAGCAUUAUGUUUACUGAUUAUGUUGAAAUGUAAUUUUAUGGUGCACAUAUGAUUUUAUCCUUUAUUUGUUAUUUUAUAAACUGCUGUUAUCAUCUUGUUAUUAAUUGUUAUAAUCAAAUCAUGUGCAAUUUUAAUUGUUUAUAAUAAUAAAUGAAAGAAUAAAUUUUUAUUUU